GCCCACGCAGUAAGUCGAAAGCAAACUUUUUUUUUCUAAAAGUUGAAAAAAAAAGUAAAUUCUAUUAUGUAAAAUAAAAAAUCAUAUUUUCAAAUAAUUUUUUUAUGUUAGAACGUACAAAUUUGUAAAAAAUAAAAAUUAAAAAAAAAUAGUAAUAUUUUGAACAAUGUAGUGUUUCGCCGUGCGAGACGUGGCAACACUGCAGUCACUGCAGAACAGCUGAUGCACACUGCGCAUGCUAUUUUCGUGCUAGUUUGUAAUCAAUGUGAUAAAUAUUCGAUAUAUUAAUGGCUAAGUGUAAAUAUCUUUACAAUUAUAAUGGAAAAUCAACGUCGAUACAAAGGUAAAUUUAUAAAGGAGAAAGUUCUAAAGCAGAAAUUAAAAAGGAUUGAAUUUAUGAAAAGAAAACAAGAUGAAUGGCGAAACAUAACCUCUGAAGAAAAGAAAUAUCCUUGUGAAGGAACUCGACUCGUUGAUUUGAAAUUGUUGGGCAAAAGUUUGAAAUGCCGCAGUUGCGAAAAAAUUUUAUCAUUAGAAAAUGUUAUGGAAGAAAAAAGAAAAGGACUGCACUCUACUUUGCGCGUUAUGUGUGAUUCUUGUUCUGUGCUGACAGAAGUAGCAACUGGAGGACAACACAAUGUUAUGGAUGAAGCGAAAGAUUUUGUCAAAGCAAAAAUCCAUAAUGAUGUAAAUACAAAUGCUGUCUUAGGUGCUUUUCAUGCUGGUGUAGGAUAUAACCAACUGAACAAAAUUUUGACGUGCUUAAAUGUUCCAAAAAUACCAAAAAAAAUGUAUAGGCAAUACGAACAAGAAGUUGGUCCAGCAAUCGAGGCAGCAGCGCGAGAUUCGUGCGAAAAAUUUGCUAGUGAAGAAAGAAAAUUAGUAUUAGAAAAACUGGAAGAACUACGUGACGCAUUGUAAGAUUUCAGUUUUAGUUUAUUUGAAAGAUUUUGUAGAAGCAAAUUUUUUUUUAUUUGAUUUGAUUAUUAAUUUUAAAGAAUUAAUUGCAGUAUAACGCGAUGUAUUUAAGCGUUUACUUAAUUAAUUUAAAAAUCAUUGAUUUUUUUGAUAAUAUUUCGUAAAGUUUUCUGACACUUUCUUUUGCUGAUGAAUUAUAUUUUCUACUUUAAUUUUUGAUUUUACAAUUUUUAUAUUUAACUUUUUAUAAAUUGAAUUAUUGUUCGACAAAUAUGUUAUACACAUUCUACACAAUCAUUUUACAGUUUUACGGACA